AUGGCCGUGUCGUAUCCGGGCAUGAGUACGGUCGCUAAACGGAACGCAAGCGCGCCCCUAGCGGUGAAAUCACGCAACUACGGGGCCGGUGCGCUUCGACAGAGUCGUGAGGCGACACUUUUUUGGUGGACGCCGACAAGUGAAGACGCGUCACGGAACUGUCCUUCGUUUCGUCGAAAAACCAUAUUAAAAAACGUGAGCGGCACUUUCAACGCCGGGGAACUGACUGUUAUAAUAGGACAAUCUGGCGCUGGCAAGAGCAGCCUCAUGGACAUUCUGGCUGGCUACACAAAGCCAUCGAGCGGCAGUCUGUACGUUAACGGGCGCGUCCGCAAUCAGAAUAUGUUCCUCCGCCGCUCCUGCUACAUACUGCAGGACGACAGAGUCCAGGACAUGCUAACGAUUCAGGAAUCGCUGCACGUAGCUGCCGAAUUGAAGCUCGGAAACCAUAUCAGUACGCAGCAGAAAAACCAGCGGGUAGAAGAAAUAAUCACAUCCCUAGGUAUGAGUCAGGCUAGGAACACCAGAGCUGGGAGCUUAUCCGGGGGUCAAAAGAAAAGACUUGCUAUUGGUUUGGAACUGGUCAGUGACCCACCAGUUAUGUUCCUCGAUGAACCAACUAGCGGCCUCGACAGCUCGAUAUCCAAACAACUGGUUUAUCUGCUGCACCUCUUGGCGAGGCAGGGAAGGACUGUCGUGGUGACCAUGCACCAGCCCUCCGCUGCACUGCUGGAUAUGGUGGAUAGACUGUACGCGAUUGUGGCUGGUCGAUGUGCCUACAUGGGCACCGUGCCGCUUCUUCUGCCUUAUUUAGAGCAAAUGGCGUUAAGGUGUCCACCCUACCACAAUCCUGUGGAUUUUUUUAUAGAAAUAUGUUCCGAGAAUGAAAAUGAACUAGUUAAAUACUCAGAAAAUGGGAGAUGCGCUCAAUGGAUAAAUAAUAUAACUAACGAGACUGAUAGUAUUUUAAUUGAGAAAUAUAAGUUAAGUAAAAAUGAUGAAGUGUACCUCACCACGCUACCACCGCCCAAGGCAGAUCCUACCAGUAAAAUCCUACUGUCAUUAAAAGGCACCUACCCUACAUCUUCAUGGAAGCAAUUCUCAACAUUAACAAGGAGAUCUCUUUUGGCGUACUGGCGCGAUCCGUCCUUAACGCUCAUGAUCACCGGUAUCCAUUUCUUCAUGGCACUUUUUAUCGGGUUCUUGUUUUAUAACAUCGGUGAGGAGGCGCAGUAUGUCAGAGACAAUUACAACUUCCUCUACUUCAGCCUCAUGUUCCUUAUGUUCACGGCGUACAGCGCAGUCUCUAUCAGAUUUCCAGAACAGCUGCCGAUAGUACGUCGUGAGCACUUCAAUCGGUGGUAUGCGACUGGAGCAUACUAUGCGGCAACCCUGGUCUCGUCGCUGCCGACUCAAACGGCUUGCACUCUCAUCUUCGCAUGUGUCACCUACUGGCUGACGGGGCAGCCGCUCGACUACCGACGCUUCUUCAGUUUCUGCGGCACCCUGCUACUCGUGUCUUACACCGCCAUUUGCAUCGGCCUUUUCAAUGGAUCUCUUUUUAAUGUUAAGAAUGGUGUCGUCUUUGGGCCUUUCUUCAUCAUGCCUUUUACGGUGUUCUCCGGCUUCUUCCUACGAUAUAGUGAUGCGCCUGUUUUCUUCCGAUGGUUAUUCAAUUUAUCCUUUCUGAAGCACGGACUCGUCGGACUAGUGAUAUCAAUAUUCGGAAUGGAUCGACCGAAACUUGUCUGCAAAGAACUUUACUGCCACUACUCGUACCCAAUGAAAGUGAUGGACGUUGAACUAGGCAAUCGGAGUCAACACUGUGCUGGCGAUGUGGUCGCAUUCACCGAUAUCAAAUAUGAAAUAUCGGGUAACCUAUGGACGAAGAAAAGGACAUGCUCUCGAAGCGGUGAACAGACCAUCCUGGACAACGCCUGCGGUGCUUUGAGACCCGGGCGGCUGACAUUCAUCUUGGGUCCCUCCGGCGCUGGAAAGACGUCUCUCCUGAAAAUACUUGCCGGCAGAAAGAAACGAGGAGUGAAAGGUUCUAUUAAAGGAAUUGGCAAGAACGCCGUGCUGGUAGCGCAACAUGCUAGUCUCAUAGACGCGUUGACUGUUCGCGAAACUCUACAGUUUGCUGCCGCACUCAAGUUACCGAAAACAAGUCGAGUUGACCGCUUGAAUACGAUAGAAAGGAUCUCAAGCCAAUUAGGAAUACGUGAAAUAUUCAACACAAAAGCCAGUCUUCUAUCUGGCGGGGAGAGAAAAAGGUUGACGAUCGCUGGUGAAUUGCUUACAGAUCCGCAUAUAAUGCUACUUGAUGAGCCCACAAGUGGUCUCGACUCCGUGUCUUCAAUGUCAGUCAUCAGGGCACUUCAAGCAGUAGCCAGGACAGGACGAACAGUUGCCUGUGUCAUACAUCAGCCCUCCUCCCAGCUGUUUAUAUCUGCUGAUGACGUCAUAGUCCUCGCUUAUGGCCGUACGUUAUACGCCGGCGCUAUAGAAGACGUGCCCAACAUAUUAAAGAAGGCUGGAUUAAUUUGCCCUCAGUACUACAACAUGGCAGAUUAUCUAAUUGAAAUUGCCAGCGCCAAAAGCAUCGAGAGCUUGGCCAUUUUGGAGAAAGAAGCCGUACUCUACGCGUCCGAAAUGAAGAAAAUUGCAGAAAAAGAUAACGCCUUGAAGAAUGGCAAAAACUCAGAACUAUCAAAUGAAGCGGAGGCGUUACUUAAUGCGAACACGUCCUACGUUUGUGAUUAUGCCGCCUCCUACGGUCAACAGUUGAGGGCUCUUUUGUGGCGCGGCUACAAAGGAGCACUACGUGAUGUACAUCUGACGCAGAUACGUAUAGUGACGCACCUAUUCGUGGCAUUGCUGCUUGGUGCUCUGUACAAGGGAGCGGGUGCAGAGGCGCACCGGAUGAACACUAACACUGGCUGUUUAUUCUUUUUCCUGCUAUUUCUCUUCUUCUCUAACGCCAUGCCAACUAUCCAAAAUUUUCCGGUGGAGUCGACAGUUGUGAUACAAGAGCAUUUAAACAAAUGGUACUCUCUGACAAUGUACUGCGCAUCAAAGAUUUUGAUCGACUUACCAGUACAGUUAUUAUGUGCGACUGUAUUUAUAUUUCCCGCAUGGUACUUAACCUCACAACCUUUAGAACUCUACCGAAUGAGUCUAGCGUGGCUCAUAUGUGCUUUGACUACAAUCUUAGCACAAACUUUUGGACUAGUCUUUGGAGCUGCGUGCGGAGUGAAGGUA